CCGCUCCGUUCAUACGUUAUCGUGAAUGCGUUGAGUGUAGUCGCGCGUACGACGGGUUUUGCGGGUUUCGGCUCUCACAAAACUGUUUUUCUUCUCAAUGAAGUGAAAAUAAUCCAGUGAAAACUUGAACGGUGGUGGACGAUAAAAACUUUGCUGACUCGGUGGUUUUUGAGGUGCAAUUUUGAGAACUGAGUAUUGAAACCUUUAGAACUGUAUUCCAAAUUAGCAGUGAAUUGAAUUUGAUUGGCAAAGUAGCAAAGCGUUGAAGCAGGGCAAAAUUGGAUUCAAAAGUGAGGAAUUUGUGCGUGUAAACACUAAUAGCCGGGGAAGCAUAGCUUGUGUAGUCGUCGUUCAGUGGUGGUUUGAUUGAAGCAUUCCCAGCAGGAAAAGGCAAUCGCCUACGGACAGUAAAGAAAGUAAGGUUAUGUUGCGUAGUGUUUUCUGUUUAUUUUUUAUUACAAUCUGACACUUGAACGAACGCUGCUGCGCGUUGGAUGACAGCGUUCAUUGGUUUUGACAAACAGCAUCGAUUUUCAUUGUGUGUGCUCUGGUUCUCUGCGCAACAGAAGCUGUGUGGAGUGUGUUGUAAGCUUUGUCCCCUGUAUAUUGAAAAAAAGAAGCAAAAGGACCCCGUCAUCUACAGACAUUCGAUGAGGUGAAGAAAACUGUAUUUGCAACGAAACCCAAUAGACCGAUCGAUAGUGUGUGAACUGAUCUCGCGAAUCGCGAAUAGUGCGUACGUUUGUUUUAUGAAUGAAUAAGCUAGGAAUCGAUCAUUGCUUAAGGCUUCGCCAAGUGCUAGAAAUGGUGUUCGUAAAAGUAGUAGGAAGAAAAUGCGAUUGCUGCUGCUGGUAGCCAGAAGCCAUGAUCCGGAUUUCGUCCGUCUCAUCGUGUCGGGUGUACUUUAAGUAGUGAGUGAGAAAAGAAGGCAAAAGAUGAAUGAAUGAGCAAAAAUGUCAAAAGUGCUAUUGCCUGCUGCUGAUGAUGGAAUUGUUGCAGAAGAAAUUCCAGUGAAAUAGUUUCCCAUUGCUAGUAAGCCAUUCGUUUGGUCCCACGGAUUGCUAGAGUAGCUAGUGGUUUGACGAAGUUUGAGUUAGCUUGGAUUAGCGGCCUUGAUUUGUCUCCCUUGCCCUCCAUUUGUCAGGAUAAAAAAAAAACUAGUUCAGCCACACAAACCCAAUCACACAUACACAAGCGCAUUCCAUCUACCACCAUGCCACAUCAGUACGGAAUUCCGGGCUACGGGCAGCAGACGCCACCGAGUCCACCUACGCACCACGGAGGUGCUCUCAUUCCACGGCUCGGUGGCGGAGCUGUGAUUCCGGUUUCGGCCAACACGAACGCUGGAAGUAUGGUACCAUCCGGUACUCCCAUCUUCCGGGGACCCAUCGAAGAGCGGCGGCUUACGCGGGAUGCGAUGGAGAAGUACUUGCGGGAUCGCAAUAACAUGGUCAUUGUGAUACUGCAUGCAAAGGUUGCUCAGAAAUCCUACGGCAAUGAGAAACGGUUCUUCUGUCCGCCUCCCUGCAUCUACCUGUUCGGCGAAGGCUGGCGGCUACGGAAGGAGCAGAUGCUGCGCCGCGGCGAAAGUGAACAAUCCACCCAACUAUGUGCCUUCAUCGGUAUUGGCAGCUCCGACCAGGACAUGCAACCGCUCGAUCUGAACAACUCGAAACAGUACUGUGCCGCCAAAACGUUGUUCAUAUCCGAUUCGGACAAACGGAAACACUUUAUGCUCUCGGUGAAAAUGUUCUACGGUAGUGGACACGAUAUCGGUGUGUUUCAGUCCAAACGAAUCAAAGUGAUAUCAAAACCGUCGAAGAAGAAACAAUCGCUAAAAAAUGCCGACCUGUGUAUAGCUAGUGGUACGAAGGUGGCACUGUUCAAUCGGUUACGAUCGCAAACGGUCUCGACGAGGUACUUGCACGUGGAGGAUGGGCACUUUCAUGCGAGCUCGACACAGUGGGGUGCGUUCACUAUACACCUGCUCGAUGACAACGAGAGUGAGUCGGAAGAGUUUCAGGUUCGCGACGGGUAUGUGCACUAUGGAGCAACGGUCAAGCUAGUCUGUUCCGUGACGGGUAUGGCUUUGCCACGGUUAGUGAUCCGAAAGGUGGACAAACAGAUGGCACUAAUCGAGGCGGACGAUCCAGUAUCACAGCUACACAAAUGUGCAUUCCAUAUGAAAGAUACCGAACGAAUGUACCUGUGCCUGUCGCAGGAGAAAAUCAUUCAGUUCCAGGCGACGCCCUGUCCGAAGGAACCCAACAAGGAGAUGAUCAACGACGGUGCCUGCUGGACGAUCAUCUCCACCGAUAAGGCUGAGUACCAGUUCUACGAAGGGAUGGGACCGGUGCGGACACCGGUCACCCCAGUGCCAAUAGUCAAUUCGUUACACCUGAACGGUGGUGCCGAUGUGGCGAUGCUCGAGAUUACGGGUGACAAUUUUACGCCGUCGCUGCAGGCGUGGUUCGGUGACGUGGAAGCGGAAACAAUGUACCGGUGUGCGGAAUCGUUACUUUGCGUGGUGCCGGACAUCUCGCAGUUCCGAGGGGAGUGGUCAUGGGUGCGCCAGCCCACGCAAGUGCCUAUCUCGCUGGUACGAAACGACGGUAUCAUCUACGCCACCGGAUUGACCUUCACGUAUACGCCGGAACCGGGCCCACGGCAGCCCUGCUCAAGUGCAGAGGACGUUCUGCGACGGAACAACAGUGCAAAUAACAAUAGCAACAACAACAACAGCAACACUGGCAGCGGUACUACAGCGGCGGUUGCCGGGCCCGUUUCCGCCGGAUCACUACCGCCGAUCUCGGAUGUGACCUGGAGCACGCAUGGUGGUGGAAUUCCGUAAGAUAAUCCGUAAAUAGCUUUCCAAGUAACAAGAGGAGGGUAACAACCUAUUUAUUGUUUUAUACUUUUGGUCGAGUCGAGAUCCGGUUCGGAUGUGCGAAUUACCUAUCUUAUACAUAUUUGCUAAUUUAUAUACAGUAUUUUUACGAACACAUACACGCGAACAUACCGAAUGAGUAACACAAAACAGUGAGUAAUCUCAAAUUUUUUAUUCCUAAAAAAAAAACUACUAAAGUCGCGAAUGCAAGAAGGAAAGUGUAGGCCAAUGAACAAAUUUCUAUAUAUUGAAUGUGUGCACGUGCAGGAAAAUAAACAAACACGUUCAAGUAUAUUUUUCCUAAGAAUUUUUCUCUCGCUCAACCGGAGAAAAAAACCUGUAGACUAUCAUUACCUACUCUAUUUUUAAAGGGAAGUCGUAUUUUGACAGAAAUUUUUUGUAAGAGAAUUACUAUUUUUAAGAUGAGAGAUUACGUGAUUGAUCACACAGACAGACAUUGAAAACAAGUGAUAUAUGCAGGUUUUAAAGAAUAAAAUGAGAAAAAAACAAAGUAUUUAAAAUUAAAGCCGUCGGAAACAAAGUGACUAUUAUUUUUUGUUUGAGAAGGAACAAUCUGACAACGAACAUUUUUUCUAUAAAGGUAGCGCAACUAUACUAAGAAAGACACACUUUUACCGUUCAGAUAAUUGUUCUUUUUAAGAUUAAAGAAAAAAGACAACCAACCGAGAAAAAAAAGUCUAAGCAUUUUAAACUGGGAAUAAAAUUGCCAAAGAAGUAGACAA